AUGUGGUUCGACAAGUGCAUGAUACGUUACUCCAACAAAUAUUUCUUCUCCAUCAUGGAGUAUGAGCCUUUCCUUAAUGUGACAAAUGGAGAGAACAUCGAAGAACCAGAUGUCUUUAUGAAUGCAUUGAACGAGACAAUUUGUAGUUUGGCGUCUAAGGUGAUCCGACGUUAUAAGAAAUCAUCUGUCGCCAAAUAUGCAACUUCAGUAUUCAUAUUACAAGGAAAUCCAAUCUACAAAAUGGCACAGUGCACUCCAGAUAUCUCUAAAGAUGAUUGUUCCAAGUGUCUUCAUAAAGCUAUUUUACAUCUUCACGAGCGCUGCUGGGGGGAAAUUGGCUGUAGAAUUCUGAUGCCCAAUUGCUUUGUUAGGCAUGAGAGAUACGAAUUCUACUUCAGCAACCCAAAAGGUAAAUGGCAAAAAAAUGUGGCAAUUGUUACUUCAAUUACUGCGUUGGUUUCCCUAUUAAUCUACUUGUCUUUUAAAAUGAUGAAAAAGGUGAAGAAGGAUACUAUAAAUGAAAAAACUGAUUGCUCACGUUUUAGUUUGAGUAUAAUUGAAGCUGCAACAAAUAACUUCUCUGACAAUAACAAGCUAGGAGAAGGAGGAUUUGGUACAGUGUAUAGGGAAAUAGCUGCAAAAAGACUUUCUAAAAGCUCUAUGCAGGGAACUGAAGAAUUUAUGAAUGAGGUUCAAUCUGUAGGCAAGAUUCGACAUAGAAAUCUGGUGAGGUUGCUGAGAGUUUGCCUUGAAGGAGAAGAAAAGAUACUGGUCUAUGAGUUUGUUCCCAACAAAAGCCUUGAUUACUUUCUUUUUGGUUAG